AUGAAGGGCCUCUCGCAUAUUGCCGCUCUAGCGGCCCUGGUCGGCUCUGUCGCUGCUCAGACCUUUACUGAGUGCAACCCCCUCGAGAAGACAUGUCCAUCUGACCCGGCCCUCGGUACCGAACAUACGUGGUGGUUCAAUGAGACCCUCGACGACUCGAUCUGGAACAUGACCACCGGCACCAUUGAUUACGUCAACGAUGGCGCCGAAUUCACCAUCAGGGCCGUCAAUGAAUCUACACUGCUCCAGUCCAACUUCUAUAUCUUCUUCGGCGUGGUGGAAUCUUGGGUCAAAAUGGCGGUGGGAAAUGGUAUCGUGAGUAGUGUGGUGCUAGAAUCGGACGACCUCGACGAAAUCGAUUGGGAAUGGGUUGGCUACAACACCAGCGCCGUGCAGACCAACUUCUUUGGCAAGGGAAACACCACCAGCUACGACCGUGGAGAAACCUUCGCUGUCACGAAUGCCGAUACCGAGUUCCAUAACUACACGACAUACUGGGCUCAAGAUAGGCUAGAAUGGUGGCUCGAUGGCACGCUACUCCGCACCCUGAACUAUGACGAUCCCCUUGCGGUAUACGGCAAGAAUUACCCUCAGACACCUUGCCAGGUGAAAGUCAGUAACUGGCCUGCUGGCCUAGAGAGUGCGUCUCAGGGAACCGUUGAAUGGGCUGGUGGCAUUGUUGAUUAUGACGAUGCUCCGUUCACAAUGACUGUGCAACGAAUUCGUGUUCAAGAUUUCCAUACCGGAAAGGAAUACACUUACGGUGACAAAACAGGCUCCUACAGCAGCAUCCAAGUUACAUCGGGUAACUCGAGCGCUCUGAACGAGCUCAACAAACCCCCUGCCAAGAGUCUGGCUGAGAAAUGGGACGAUCUUGGCGAAGGUGCCCACAUUGGCAUCUACUGUGGCGCUGCCGCGGCCGGUGUGCUUGCCAUCGCCGGUUUCCUGAUCUGGUGCCUGCGUCAACGCCGCAAGGGCCGUCUGGAACAUGCUCUUGAUAACUCGCGCUAUGCCGAGGAGCGCACGGAGAUGCAGAACUACCAGAAUGACUGGAAGCAGACCGAGUUCAAGAACAGUGGCUAUAGCAAAGUGCACAGCUAG